AUGGACAACUGGAGUCCAAGCUCGUGGACUGCGAAGCCCAUCAAGCAGGAUGUCAUCUACGAGGAUGUUCAGGGCGUAAAGGAUGCUCUUGGAAAGCUACAAAAUCUGCCUCCAUUGGUGACGGUUCGAGAGAUCAACAAUCUCAAGAACAGCUUGAAAAAUGUGGCCUUGGGCAAGGCUUUUGUCCUACAAGGCGGCGACUGCGCUGAGCUUUUUGAUUACUGCAAUCAAGACAUGAUUGAGGCUAAGCUCAAGCUUUUGCUACAAAUGAGUCUGAUUUUGAUUUGGGGUGCCAACAAGCCCGUCAUUCGUAUUGCACGUAUUGCGGGACAAUUCGCCAAGCCUCGAUCCAGUCCAACUGAAACCGUCGAUGGAGUUGAAAUGCCCUCCUUCCGAGGCGACAACAUUAACGGCUUCGCCGCCACUGCCGAAUCCCGAAAGCCAGACCCAUCACGUCUGGUCUCAGCAUACUUCCACUCGGCCGCAACACUCAACUACAUGCGCGCAUCUCUGUCCUCGGGUCUGGCGGAUCUGCACUCCCCCAUGGACUGGGGUCUCGGCCACGUUAUCGAGCCCUCAAUCAAGGAUCAGUACUCGAAAAUAGUCAACUCCGUCCAAGACGCUUUGCGGUUCAUGCGCACGGUAGGAAUUGAUAAAGAUCGCGGUGUUGAGACUGCAGAUAUCUAUACCAGCCACGAAGGUCUCUCGCUAGAGUAUGAGUCGACUUUGACGCAAAGGUUGAAGCAGCCCGUCCAGUCUGGCUUUGGUGCGGCAGCCCAAUCUGCACCUGCUUGGUACGCUACCUCUGCACACUUCCUCUGGAUUGGUGACCGGACACGACAACUCGAUGGCGCACACGUUGAGUUCUUCCGGGGAGUUUCCAAUCCGAUCGGCAUUAAGAUCGGACCUACAAUGGCCGCAGACGAGCUCGUCCGCUUGUUAGAUGUCGUGAACCCCAGCAAGGAAAUCGGCAAGGUGACUUUGAUCUCGCGUUACGGCGCGUCUAAGAUCGCACAGUUCCUCCCCGGCCAUAUCGCUGCCGUCCAGGCUUCGGGUCAUAUCCCCGUGUGGCAGUGCGACCCCAUGCAUGGCAACGGGCGAGCCACACCUUCCGGCGUGAAGACACGGCAUUUCACCGAUAUUCUCUCGGAGCUGAAGCAAGCUCUGGAGAUUCACCGCCAGGCUGGAUCUUUCCUGGGUGGUAUGCACCUCGAGUUGACUGGCGAGGCUGUGACGGAGUGUGUUGGUGGUGCAGCUGGUCUGACUGAGGAUGGGCUUGGGGAGCGGUACACCACUUUCUGUGACCCUCGACUCAAUGAGAAGCAGGCUCUUGAGCUUGCAUUCCUCGUGGCCGGGUUCUACCGCGAGGAGUCCGAGGUCUAA